AUAAUCAUAUUACGGAAGAGAAACACAACUUGAAUACGAAUAGUUUUGACUUUUAUUCAAAACCAAAGAGAAGACUUAUUACAUUCAUCUCUACGAUUCUCAUUUAAAGUUGUACGAGUUCUCUUAUAGGUCCUUGUUAGAGCUAGCUGAUAUGGAGAUUGAAAAGCUUGAUGUGGAAGCUUCUACGGAGGAGAGUGGUGGAGUAGAGUCCUCUAGUGGAAAAGAGGAUCUAUUAUUAGCUUCAGACCUUUCUGAUAAUCUUGAUCUUGAUGAAGAUGAAAAGGAGAAAAACCAAGAAGAAGAGAGAAGCAAAGCUGAGUCUUCAACGAAGAAAAAGAAGAAGAAAAGUAAAAACAAGAAGAAGAAGAAGAAGAGUUCUCUUCAACAGACUGAUCCACCUUCAAUUCCUGUUAUUGAUCUCUUCCCUUCUGGAGAAUUCCCUGAAGGUGAAAUCCAAGAGUACAAGGAUGAUAAUUUGUGGAGAAUGACAUCUGAAGAGAAGAGAGAGAUGGAGAGGCUACAAAAGCCUAUAUACAACUCUCUGCGCCAAGCAGCAGAGGUUCAUCGUCAAGUUAGGAAGUAUAUGAGAAGCAUAAUGAAGCCUGGAAUGUUGAUGAUUGAUAUCUGUGAGACCUUAGAGAACACUGUUCGUAAGUUAAUAUCAGAGAAUGGUCUUCAAGCUGGUAUCGCCUUCCCUACAGGAUGUUCUCUUAAUAAGUCAGUCCUACUUCCUUUUUUUUUUAAUCCUCUCUUCAUUUCUUUGCUUCAGUAUGAUGAUGUGAUGAAGCUAGAUUUUGGAACACAUAUUGAUGGGUACAUUGUUGAUUCUGCUUUUACAGUUGCAUUCAAUCCUAUGUAUGAUCCUCUUUUAGCAGCCUCCCGUGAAGCAACAUACACCGGUAUCAAGGAAGCUGGGGUUGAUGUCCGUCUUUGUGAUGUUGGUGCUGCAAUUCAGGAGGUCAUGGAGUCUUAUGAGGUAGAGAUCAAUGGAAAAGUCUACCAAGUGAAAAGUCUCAGAAACCUGAAUGGGCACAGCAUUGGGCGCUAUCAGAUACAUGCUGAAAAAUCUGUUCCUAACGUCAAAGGAGGUGAGCAGACAAAGAUGGAAGAGGGUGAACUAUAUGCCAUUGAAACUUUUGGAUCAACCGGGAAAGGAUAUGUGAGAGAUGACUUAGAAUGUAGCCAUUACAUGAAAAACUUCGAUGUGGGUCAUGUCCCUCUGAGGUUACCAAGAGCUAAACAACUCCUUGCAACCAUUAACAAGAACUUCUCCACUCUAGCCUUCUGCAGACGCUAUUUGGACCGUCUUGGUGAAACUAAAUACUUAAUGGCUUUAAAGAAUCUGUGUGAUUCUGGCAUCAUUGAGCCAUGCCCUCCAUUGUGCGAUGUGAAAGGAAGCUAUAUUUCUCAGUUUGAGCAUACUAUCUUGCUGCGCCCAACUUGCAAAGAGGUUAUUUCCAAAGGAGACGAUUACUGAAAGUGGAGGCAAAUGUUUUGUUGUUUACUUGUAUUGUUCUUCACUAGUUUGUAUAAUAUUAUGGUUUCUUCCCUUUUAUAACAAGUUUGCCAGAUUUCUUUGGCUAGAAACACAGAACUUGAACCAUUGAAAGAAGCUCAACUUCCUCAAGUU